GUGUGUGUCCUGCUCCAGUGCUCCUGUCUGCCUGCUCUCCUCACGCGCUGCAGCUGCGCCUGCCCUGAGCGUGCGCGUGACGGCGCUGCGCGUUUGACAGCAGCAGGAGCGCUCGAGGAGAAAGAGAAGCUGCGGUGCGCGCCGACUACACAACACACCAAACGUAGCCUACAUCAAUCCCGUGAAACCGGACGACUCGAGGACUCAUCACUGGAAUCGCGCCCACACUAUUCUGAGCUGCCGAGGUCUGGUUGGAACUGGAGGAUACACUCUUUCAUACAGCCUAAACAGUCUUGCUGGCUAAUCUUGGAUGCCCCUGUUUGUUUGAAUGGUCACACUGAGUGCGAAUCACAAGGCCCAGUUGCUUUGACCUGGAGGGGAAGGAUUUUCAUGUAACGCACCCUGCCAUGGACAGGAAGAGGAGUUGCACGCUCUGUGGAGGAGCUGUGAUGCUGCUGCUGCUGGGUCACAUGAUCAAUGCAUUAGAAGUGCCUCUAGAUCCUAAAGUUCUGGAGGGAUUGCCUCAGCCUCCCACAAUAACUCAUCAGUCCCCCAAGGAUUACAUCAUCGACCCUCGGGAGAACAUCAUUAUCCACUGUGAGGCGAAAGGAAAGCCUCAUCCCAGCUUUUCAUGGACACGUAAUGGCACUCAUUUCGACGCGGAAAAGGAUUCCAAAGUUAUCAUGAAGCCCAACUCAGGCACUCUGGUCAUUGACAUUAGUGGAGAGAAGGUAGAGGCAUACGAGGGUGUUUACCAGUGCAUCGCCCGCAACGAGCACGGCUCUGCCUUGUCCAAUAACAUUGUCAUCCGUCAGUCAAGGUCCCCCUUGUGGUCAAAAGAGAGAAUUGAACCAAUCACAGUGCAGAGGGGUAUGUCUCUUGUACUGCAGUGCAGACCCCCAGCUGGCCUGCCUCCUCCAAUCAUCUUCUGGAUGGAUAACAAUUUCCAGAGACUACCCCAAAACAGCCGUGUAUCCCAGGCUUUAAACGGAGACCUGUAUUUCUCCAAUGUGCUCAUGGAUGACAACAGAAACGACUACAUCUGCUACGCCCGCUUCCCACACACUCAGACUAUCCAACAGAAACAGCCGAUCACUGUCAAUGUGCUCGACAUUGAAGCUAUGAAUGACACUGUGUUGGCAGCUUUUUUGAAUGGCUCAGAUUUUUGGGGUGACAGUCCUUCUGGGGAGAGAGCGCCCACUUUCAUGCAGCCACCAGGAAUGCACAGUACCAGCAUGGUCCUGAAAGGAGACACGCUGCAACUGGAAUGCAUCGCUGAUGGCCUUCCAACGCCAGAUAUCUCCUGGAGCAAGGUGAACGGUGACCUGCCAAGCGGCCGUUUUUCAUUUCACAGUUUCCAGAAAACUCUGAAGAUAACAGAGGUGACAGACGCAGAUGGGGGAGAUUACCGCUGUUUAGCCAGGAAUCGCCUGGGGAGCAACCAUCACAUCAUCACUGUAGUGGUCAGAGCGGCUCCCUUUUGGAUCAGUGCCCCUCAGAACCUCAUCCUGGCCCCGAAAGAAUCUGGAAUGCUCACCUGCCGGGCGGAUGGCAACCCUAAACCCACGGUCACAUGGUCUGUCAAUGGAAUUCCCAUUGAAAACUCACAUAAGGACCCCAGUCGGAAAAUCGAAAAUGGCAAUAUCAUCCUCAGUGAUGUUCAGACCGGCUCAAGUGCUGUUUACCAGUGUAACGCCUCCAAUGAGUACGGUUAUCUGCUGGGCAAUGCCUUUGUCAGUGUCCUGGCUGAACCUCCAAGGGUGCUGACCCCUCCAAAUCAUGUGUACUCAGUCAUCACUAACAGUAGAGCUUUGUUAGACUGUGCUUCGUUUGGCUCACCACUUCCAAAAAUCACAUGGUUUAAAAACGGUCAGAGUGUAUUGGAUGGAGACUUGUACAUCAUUCAUAAGAACAAUACCUUAGAGAUCAAUGUGGCUCGGCCAGUACACAGUGGCAAAUACACCUGCAUUGCCUCAAACAGUCUUGGCAACAAAGAAAAUCAUGUUUACCUGGAAGUGAAAGAGCCUACACGGAUCCUCAGACAGCCUGAGUAUAAAGUGGUCCAGAGAAACGGCAUGGCAGAAUUUGAGUGCAAGGUCAAACACGACCCCACUCUCUUUCCCUCCAUGAUAUGGCUCAAAGACAAUAUGGAGCUCCCCGAUGACUCUCGAUUUGAGGUGGGCUCUGAUAGUCUGACUAUACAUGACGUGAGAGAGGACGAUGAGGGCAACUACACCUGCAUCAGAAACACCACCCUUGACCAAGAUUCAGCCAGCGCCAUGCUCACAGUAGUCGAGGCCACACCAACACCACCUAUAAUAAUGGAGCAACCGGAUCCGCCCAGAGACCUGGAGCUGACAGACCAACGAGAGCACAGUGUUCGGCUUACAUGGACCCCUGGUGAUGAAAACAACAGUCCUAUUCAACUGUUCCUGAUCCAGUAUGAAGAUUCGCUUCACGAGCCUGGAGUAUGGGUCAAUAUGACCGAAGUCUCAGGAACCAGCACCACAGCACACUUGGAGCUUUCCCCGUAUGUCUAUUACUCCUUCAGGGUCCUGGCACUCAAUGAAGUGGGUCUGAGUGAACCCAGCGCUCCAUCCAGACAGUACAGAACCAACCCUGCACAGCCUGAAGUGAAUCCAUCAGACGUUGAAGUCAUUGGAACAUCACCUGACAGUAUAACAAUAACUUGGAGGGAGCUGACUGGGCUGGAGUCGAACGGUCCAGGCCUACAGUACAAAGUGAGCUGGAGACAGAAAGAUGUGGAUCAGCAAUGGACUUCUCUCCCUCUGGCCAAUGUCUCGCAAUAUGUGGUGACAGGAACGCCCACUUUUACACCCUAUGAAGUCACCGUGCAAGCGGUCAAUGAAUACGGCCCUGGUCCCAGUCCAGAGGUAGUGCUGGGAUAUUCAGGAGAGGACUUACCAACUGUGGCCCCAGAGAACGUAAAAGUUUAUGUUCAGAAUUGGACAUUGGCUGAAGUGAGCUGGGACGCUGUUCCUCUUUCAACAGUACAAGGACGACUGAAUGGAUACAAGGUGAGUUACUGGAAGUUGAGAAGCCUACAGAAGCAAGACCCUGAGCCCAAGAAACCACAGGAGCUCAUCUUUCAAGGGAAUGAGACGGAGGGUCUUCUGUUUGGCCUUCAUCCCUACAGCCAGUACAACCUCAACAUUAGAGCCUUCAACGGGAAAGGAGACGGACCCACCAGCUCCAAUCAGAUAUUUGAAACACCAGAGGGAGUUCCUGGGCCUCCUGCAGAUUUAAAAGUCGAAAAUCUGAACCUGGACUCAUUGAUUGUCAAGUGGGCGCCACCUGUAGAACACAACGGUCACUUGACAGGAUACUUGCUCAAAUACCAGCCUAUCAAUACAACAGAUAAACUUGGGCCGCUCAAAGAGCUGCUUCUAGCAGCAAACGAGACCAGCAUCACUCUGGACAACCUCAAGCACAGCACACGCUACAAGUUCUAUUUGAACGCCAAGACUGUCAAGGGCGCUGGCCCCACUGUCACAGAAGAGGGUGUCACAAUCAUGGACGAAGCAUUAAUUCAGCAUCCCGCAGUAGAGGCGGGUAAAGGCUCAGCCCCCACUUCAUCACCACCAACCCCCUCUGUCACUCAAUCUUUGCAGCCCCCGUUUCACAAGGCGCCACCUGUUGGUCGGAUGUUUGGGAGUGUGAACUCCUCAGUGGAGGAGGACCAUGCUGUGAUAAGCUGGGAAUACUCGGGGCCAGAUAGGAAUGUUUAUGUGGAAUUUGUCCUCCUUAAAAUUUCACUCCUGCUGUGCGUUUAUUUAAUAUCAUAUAGUAAAGAACCCUGGAAAACAGAGUUUGUAAAUGGCACUCGGACAUAUCAGAUUAGAGGACUAAAGCCGGGGAUGUCCUAUAGGGUUCGGGUGGUAGCCAAAGACCACUCAGACGCAACGGUCCACAGUACAGAGGAGCUGUUGAUUACAGUUCCAGCUAUGACUAGCAAGCAGGUUGACAUAGCCACACAGGGCUGGUUUAUCGGGCUGAUGUGUGCCAUUGCUUUACUGAUCCUGGUGCUCCUCAUCGUUUGCUUUAUAAAGAGGAACAAAGGAGGCAAAUAUCCAGUAAAAGAAAAAGAAGAUGCCCAUCAAGACCCAGAAAUCCAGCCCAUGAAAGAGGAUGAUGGGACAUUUGGGGAGUACAGUGACACGGAGGAUCACAAGCCCUUGAAAGGCAGCCGGACCCCAUCCAAUGGGACGGUCAAGAAGGACGACAGUGACGACAGCCUGGUGGAUUAUGGCGAGGGAGGAGACGGCCAGUUCAACGAGGAUGGCUCGUUCAUCGGCCAGUACAGCGGGAAGAAGGAAAAAGACACGGCAGAAGGCAACGAGAGUUCGGAGGCUCCUUCUCCGGUCAACGCCAUGAACUCCUUUGUGUAACUGCCUGGAAACGCCUCGUGACCUUUGACCCAUCCAACACCCCACCUCCUUGUCGCACCAUUAUAUGGAGAACAGUCUCUAUUGCACUGUGACCCCUGACAUCACACAGCAAAAGAAAUAAAACAAAUGCCCCUAAUGAAAGACAGUGAGAAAUGAUACAAAUGCUAGAAGAGGGCCAGUCCGAGCUUCACCGCGAUUGGUCGGAAUGAAAGUCACAUGACAUUGAGACGUGUAUUAUUAUAAGUGUAUUAUCUUACAGCGAGCAUAUAGGAAUAUAUAAAUUGACUUAUAUUAUAUUAACAUGGCCCCAUUUACCAUCAGAUGGCAUUGUAUCACACCAUCUUAUCCCUUGGACUGGCAUGGAAUCAGUUAUUGACAUCACACCCUUGGCGAAUCAGAAUUAAGGUGCGGUCACAUUUACUGUUAUUCGGCAAAUUUUCACAGGCAAAACCCAUUAGUUUCAGUAGGAAUCAGUGCGAUUGGGAAUUUUGCAUUAGGACGAAAGAUUUCCCCGCACAAAAGUUUUCACAGAUUCACUGUGUCGACCAAUAUAAAAAGUGACUUCAGUGUGAACAGUGAUUCAUGCAUUGCUACACUAUCGACAAUAUACAAUGGACCUUUAUUGCACAUGAAUCUUUGCUAAUGUGACCGCACCUUUAGCCAGCGUUGUGGAGACCGUGAAGCUUGUCUGACUAUAUGAUAAUCACUUUUGCUUCACACCAAAUGCCUGUUGCGUUCUGUCGUCAGUGUUCAAAUUGGUAUUAUGCACAUUUCAGGCACCGAUGUCUUUGUGGGCAUUGUUGUGAAGUAUGUAAUACGUGUAAAAGCUGUUCUUAGGCGUCAGAGGUUUUGAAUAUAUAAAAACAAACCACAGAUUUUAAAAACAGGUUGUCAGGGAUGUGAGGUAGCAUGUUUUUGACACACAAGCACUCUUUUCAGUCGCACAGAUGCGAUUUUAUCCUUUUCUCAGUUCUCUUGCGGUUCAUUUUGCACCCUGUGUUUGUUUUAUUUACGACAAAACUUUUUCAAUGUUUUAUCCCUGAAGAAAAGUCAUUGAUAGAUUUAAAGAGUUAAGGUUCACUUCAUCCAGGACUGUUAUUGUGAAGAAAAGCCCCCCAGUCAGCCAUGUAGCCACUUGUGACCCCACUUUGGUUGCCAGAAUUCACGCUGCUCUCUGUGAGGUAGUUCAGUAACGAAGGCCACUCAGCACAGUUCCUUAGUGCCUUGGUAGAAAACAUUAUUCUAUACUCAAAAAAAAAAAAAAUAUUCCCACUCAUAGCUUUGAGCAUAGCCCUCUUUUAUAUCAGUACUGUAAGUGAUACCCAAAUCCUGGGCUGAGCGAAGACCACAAGGCUCAAGGAAAUGAUGUCACCUACACAGCCGUCACAGAAGUCACCUCAAAUCGGGGUGAGGGGCAUCUCAUUCCCCUUAUCGACAACUAAAAAAUACUGCCAUUUCUCUGUAAAGAGUGAACUGCUGUUGAUUGGUCUGAUUUGACACAUUUAUGGCAACUCAUGACGGCGAAGGAAACAACCAGCUGUGGUAAUUGCCAUAGCCUGUCCUCAACAUUUGCGAUACCAGUAGGCAGAAAUAUACACAUUCUCACAUGUAACCGUUUUUUAAAUGAUGUUACUGCAUGUAAUGAAGUAUUACGAGCUGUCGAGUGUAGUGAAAUCAGGGCUUCACUAAAUCGGAAGUGGUGCUGUCAUCAAAUAUGGCUGGAGUGUGUGCGGUUUAUGCAGGCAUGCAUGAAAAUAUUUGUGUGUAUGGAAUGAAUGUGUGUGAUGGCUAUGAAUGUGUGUCUGUCCACUGUAUAUAUGGGGCAAGCCUUUUUUUUUUUUUUUUUUUUGGCAAGGCCCUAGAUUUUCAUGAUUUAGCUUGUCAUAACUUGCAUCAAGUUUUUUAGUUUGGAAUUGUCUGCUUUUUAAUGUAUAGAUCUAACAUUUGCGUUGUAAAUAUCCAGCCAAAAUUAUUUUAGACACAUGAAAGGAGGCCUGUGAAUGGAAAAGCUGCUGAGAUAUCCAAUCACAACUUAACCCUUGAGCAUGACAGUAUAUCCAAAGGCCCUCUAGGGGAACUGUCCCAGCAAUUUGUGUACUGUAAGUCACUUUGGAUGAAAACAAAAAAGCCUGCUUAAAAAGUGACGACAACCCAUUUCCUGAACCCCACGAGUCUGGAAAACAAAUCAACGGAUGAUUAUGCGUAAGGUAGCGCUGCAGAAAACCCCACAGUGUUCCACCUGAAUUCACACACAUCAGCUCUUACUCUUUUAAUGGCACUGUUGUUUUCUUUUCUAUUUGACCAGGUAGAUUAUGACUUUUUUUCUGUAGGAAAAAUAAGAAAAUGGACGCAUCCCCAAAGAAGGAUUGCACUGGUGAGGGUGCAGAACCUUUUGAUGUGUUUUUGUCGGAGGGUGCAAAGACGAAUGAAACGUAGUGUGAAAUAAUAUUCUGGUUAAUGUUAAAGCUACAUGAAAAUAAAGCAUGAAAGGCUGUGAAAUGGUUUACUCUAUAAUAUAAUCGCAAAAAAAUAUUUUGUAUAUAAAAGAAUUAAAAUAAAUGUUGGUUUCCGGAUUUCACUA